AUGGCUACCUUUUUGGUCGCUGGCAUUGGUGCAUUUGGUGCAGCUGAAGCGAUCCGCCAAACACAAUCGCGUGCCAGAAGGGACGAGCAUCGAGGUCGAAAGAACAACCUACAGAUCCAUUGUACAAAGUCUUCCGAUUAUGGCCGGACCUUGGAGGGCAGAAACAUAGUGCUCUCUGGAGAUAAGCUAUAUGUGGACACUGGGACGGACCCCAACCUACCCUUUGGCCACCCAUUCGCUGGUUAUUAUCUUCCCUUCCCCGAUGCUCCGUACGAGGGUCUAGUUUCGACAAUCUGCGAUGACCCUCCGAUAAUGAACUGGAUCUACGUCGACCGCAACACCUACGAAGUCAAGUUUGGCACGCGGCCGUUUGCAGAAGUCAAUUAUUCCGGGCCUUUCGACUGUACAAGACAGGACCGGCGUCUCAUUUUCGCAGGCUGGGAAGGUUUCUUAGCUGUCCGGGAAGGAAUCUUCUGGUCUCUCUACUUUGAUGUCGAAAGAGACAAGCUCAAAUCAAGGAAUUUGCCAGAGGGGACAACGAUCUUGGAGGUUCAGCUGCGGCGAAUCGAGAUGCUCGUCAUGCCUCCUCAAGUGGAAAAGAGCACAGAGGGAGAAUCCAAGGAAGAGGAUACGAAGAACACUUCGCAGGAAUGA